AUGGGCUGGCACCUGCUACUGCCUGGCCUGCUCCUUUCCCUGCCUCUGGUAACAGGGUGGACCACUUCCAAGUGCCUGCUGACUGAAGGCUCCCAACUGCCUCUGGUCUCUCGCUACUUCUCACUCUGCCCAGUCUCCCAGCUGUCCUUCCUUGCUGCAUGCAUUUCAGUGAGCAACCUGACACAGACCUUGGCAGCUGUGCCUCGGACUGUGGAAGGGCUCUGCCUCGGCGGUUCUGUGUCUUCUCUGCCUCCGGAUGCUUUCUCUGCUUUUCCCGGACUCAAGAUUCUGGCCCUGAAUCUGCAUCUCACCCAACUCCUGCCAGGAGCUCUCCGAGGCUUGGGACAGUUGCAGAAACUCUCUUUUGGAGGCUAUCCUUUUGGGAAGAGAUCCCUCUUUCUGCCACCCGAUGCCUUUCGUGACCUGAUUGCCCUCCAGAGCCUCCAUAUUUUUGGCCCCUGCCUGGACAAGAAGGCAGGUGUCCAACUGCCUCGCAGUCUGCAACGGCUGUCUGUCACAUUCAGUUGCCUCCAGGAUGUGGGGGAGCUAGCUGGCAUGUUUCCAGACCUGGUGCAAGGCCCUUCUUCCAGGGAUCCGUGGACCCUGCAUAUGUUGGAUCUGAAAUUCAACCUGGGCCUGAAGAUGGCUAGUCCUGGGUCCCUCCAGGGUCUCCAGCUGGAGACUCUGAUCCUGGAUCAAACACCCCUUGAGGCAGCGAGAGUGAGGGACCUGGGACUUCAGAAACUCCAUGUCUUGUCUGCACAGUCGACUGCCGUGGCUGAACUACCUGCUGAGGCUGUUGCCCACUUUAAGCUGCAGGAGCUGAAAGUGGGGAGAAACAAGAUAGGAUAUAUAUCUCGGGAGGCCCUGGCUUCCUGCAAUAGUCUAAAGAGCUUGGGUCUCCAAAGCACUGGCCUGACUCAGCUGCCACCAGGGUUCCUGGCUGCGAUGCCUAGGCUUGAGACACUGAACCUGGCUGGAAACCAACUGCAGAGUGCAACGCUGUGCAUGAACGAGACUGGAGAUGUGUCAGGAUUGAGGUCUCUGAAUCUGGCAAGCAACGGGCUGCGCAUCCUGCCUCCAGCCACCUUCUCCUGUUUACCACACUUGCGAGAGCUGCUGCUUCAAGACAACCAGCUGCUUUCCCUGGAGGGGCAGCUGUUCCGGGGUCUACAGCAGCUAGAGACCUUGAACUUGGAUAAAAACCCCCUACUUAACCUGGGUAAGAACUGGUUGGCUGCUCUGCCUGCACUGACCACCCUUAGCCUGUUAGAUACCCAAAUAUCUCUGAGCCCAGACCCUGGCUUCUGGGGAGCACAGAGUCUGCAUACCUUGAGACUGAAGCUCCCCUCUCACCCCGCUCCGUCAGUAUUGUCCCUGCCUAUGUAUCUGACCAGCUUGGAGCUUCAUGCAUCAACAGGCACGAAGCCCUGGAGGCUUUCCCCAAAUGUCUUUCCUUUCUUGGAGACCUUGACUAUAAGAGGCAGGGGGCUGAAGCUGGAGGUCCAGAAUGCCUCUGAGGUCUUCCCCACUCUUCAUCAGCUUUUCCUGCUCCAGAAUAGCCUGGAGGCCUUCUGCUCCCAGGACACCUCCAACAUUUUUCUCUGGCAGCUCCCCAAACUUCAGUCCUUGAAGAUCUGGGGUGCUGGAAGCAACUCCAGACCCUGCCUUAUCACUGGGCUGCCCAGCCUCCAGGAGCUGAAGCUGGAGUCCCUUCAGUCCAUAGCCCAGCCCCGUUCAGUGCAGCUGGAGGAACUGGUGGGCGAGCUCCCACAGCUCCGGGUACUGCAACUCUCCAGCACAGGGCUCAAGUCACUGUCGGCUGCGGCUUUCCAGCGCCUGGGCAGUCUCCGGGUCUUAGUGUUAUACACCGAGAAAGACUUGGUUCUGCACGACAGUCUGAGGGAGUACAGCCCUCAGCUGCCCCAGUAUAUAUACAUUCUGCAGUCAAACUUGGCCUGCCAGUGUGCCAACGCAUGGAUGGAGCCAUGGGUGAAGCAGUCCACUAAAACAUACAUCCAAAUACUAGAUCGCCAGUUGUGUCUAACAGAAGAGGGGGUCCCUGCCAAGCACCCCCUUUUCUCCUUUCUGUGGGAUCACUGCCCCCAGACUUUGGAGCUAAAGCUCUUCUUAGCUAGCUCCUCCUUGGUGUUUCUGCUGAUUGUCUUGCCACUCCUCCAAGAAGCCAGGAACUUAUGGAUCCCCUUCCUGCAGGCCUUGUUCAGGCUUUGGCUCCAGGGUCGGCGGCGGGGUCAUGGGGGUGAAGGAAAGAGGUUCCUUUUUGAUGUAUUUGUGUCUCACUGCAGGCAAGACCAGGGCUGGGUAAUAGAGGAACUUCUGCCUGCUCUGGAGGGCUUCCUUCCAGCGGGCCUGGGCCUCCGCCUCUGUCUCCCUGAUCGAGACUUUGAGCCUGGUAAGGAUGUAGUUGAUAAUGUGGUAGACAGCAUGGUGAACAGCCGCGUCAUUCUCUGUGUGCUGAGUGGCCAGGCCCUGUGUAGCCCUCGCUGCCGCCUGGAGCUCCGCCUGGCCACCUCUCUCUUCCUGGCUGCCCCCUUCCCUCCAGUGUUGCUGCUAGCCUUCCUGGAACCCAUUUCCCGACACCAGCUCCCCGGCUACCACAGACUGGCCCGAUUGCUUCGGCGAGGAGACUACUGCUUGUGGCCCAAGGAAGAAGAAAGAAAGGGUGGCUUCUGGGCUUGGCUAAAGAGCAGGCUAGGGCAGGCGGGGUCGGAGUAGGGUGGCACAUGUGAAUUUUAGG